AUGAGAGUUUUGUCGACUGUUGAGUUCUGGGUUCGAAAACUCAUCAAGCAGGAGUCACACUUCCUCACGUGGAGUCCUCUCACCAUGAGUUAUAACCGAUGGUAUCCUCCGAGCAGCGGUCAUACCAGUAGAGGAGAUGGAUCCCAGCAUCCUCCUGAUCCCCGUGCCACGACAUACACUGGUGCAGCGUCGACCAAUGUUCACAAUGGGCAGAGACUUUUGGCGGUUUAUCCACCUGUAUCUGCAACCCCAACGCAUCAUAUUUCCCGUCAUAUCAACAAUAUGACCUUGACUGCAGCACCCACAUUCCCGCAACCCCAAUAUUACAACAUGCACAACGGGACGAGAUAUGCACACGGAAAUCCACCGCCAUAUUCAGAAUACGACCAGCAAUUACAGUACAUGGCAUCCCCUCAAGUGCCGGUGAACGACUCUGGAUACUGGGAAAACACGCGGAAUGAGGCUGUAAGGAUGGUGAACGAGCAAGCUGGCACAUCAUAUCAGUAUCGUGAACCCGUGCAAUGGGUGGACUCAGCACCUUCCUCCUCGUACCAGACCAAUCCUUUCGCGCAAUCUGUAUUCCAACGCACUGCGCCAAGUAGCGCAUACCCGACCCCUCCACCACCUGGCAUUAGCACCUCUUCGUCUUCACUCGCCUUCGCCCUAGGUGGUCCUUCUGCUCCACCGCAAACUUAUGCUUUGCCUCCGCCAAAGGUUUUCAAACCGCUAGAGUCCCAACAGUUCUAUGAUGACUUCCUGGAACGUAAGGCACAACAAAUAGGACCUCCGCUUCUUCCAGUCGCUCCCGCCCCUCGUUCAGAGCCUCUUCGUGCUGUCACACCACCUCCGAAGCCUCAGAAAUCUUCCCCGGAAGAAAGUCCUGAUCCUCUUGUCCUGCGAUCAGCCAGUCCAACGAAGUCACUGCCCAUGCAAGGCUCGGUGACACCUAAAAAGCGGAAAGCUGUCGUCGAGAUCGUUUCUCCCUUCCUCAAGCGCAUGAAUUCCUCGAAAACCCUCUCCAACUCUUCUCUUGGUAGUCUACCACAUUCCCAGUCCUCUGCACCGAAGACCCCUCGAACAAGUGUCCCGUUGACCCCGAGCUCGACCGCUACUUCGUUUUCUAACAUGUCAGGGUUGUCUCUCAACGCAACACCGACCCAUAAGAAAAUUGUGAACAAGGCUUACGUUUCUAUCCCACCCAGCCCUUGGUUGACCCCUUCCUCUUCUCGCAAAAGUGUCAAGGUCGAUGAUACACCUGACGAUUUGGGUGGUUAUGGAUCAGAAGAGGACGGCCCUUCCAGCCCAACUAAGCGGGCACGCAUAACGGACUCUGUAAAGAGUUCGGCGCGUCGUACUGGCGACCGGGAUGAACGAGGUCCGCUCGAGAAACUCACUUCAUUAAUCGACGACAUUUUCGAAGCUGAAGAUUCUCUUCCUCCCGAGGUCGAAGCCAGCGAUCUUAAUCACGAUUUCUUCUCUCCUCUCUCCUCGGAUUGCUCUCGUCCUCUUCUCUGCCCCGCCAUCAUACGAAAGCUAACCAAGUACAUCGGUUAUGUUGCCCGACCGUCCAAGAGACUUCGCCAGACAACAGGUGGAGUUCUGAAUACUCCUCGUGGUAAGGAACGGAUGGCGGAUGUCGAUACUCAAAUGCUAUCACGACUCAUGAAGAUCUUGGAAAGGAGCGUGAAAGCUGGAGAGGUUAUUGAUCCAUUUGUGUAUCGCCACCCAAUUCCACGGUCUGCGCAGUCGUCGCCGAAGAAGGCCAGCAGCAAGAAGGCGACGAAGGCGACGAAGAACGAUCGGAGAUCGCGAUCAAGGACGCCAAAGGAUGGUGAGGACGGCGGUGAAGACGAGGGGAAGGAAGAGCGCCAUGCAGACAUACCUGCUGCUACUGAAGUCGACCUCGAACAGCUUACGACCCUCCUCGACAUCGCUCGGGACAGCAUUCUGGCCGCUGAUUGUUGCACCGCCCUGUUGGGAAGCGAUAGACUGACGAAACAGCUUUACUCUGAGGAACUCAUCAUGGCAUGUCUCAAUACAAUCAAGAACCAGUUGACGAAGAUUUUGUACCCAUUUGUUGAAGCUUCUGCUGAGGCCAAUACAAGCUCGCACCAAAAUCCUCUCAUCCACGGCAUCAUCAAGGACAGCACCUCGCUCUCUUCCACACAUCGACGCCAAAUGGCCGAUCUCUUUCAGGCUCUCGCCGCCGUCAUGCCCAAGGUCAAUAAUCUCGUCAAUGCUGAGAGCGUGGCGAUGUCGGACACGAUUAUCAUCUCCGCCGUUUACAUCGCCAUUGGUCCAUUUUUUGUCGUCGAAGCUGGUGGUGACGCGGAUACGAAGGGCAAGAAAGAGAAUGUCAUUAACAAGAUUCUGGGAAAGAGUGCAAUGAGAGGCCUCCGGUUGGAUGCAUUGUCUUUAAUUCGUAGUAUCUUCGCCAACCACGAGGAUCAAAGGUCUUGGAUUAUCGAAGAAAUCUUGACGUCGUUAAUCAAACUGAAUGACACGAAGCAAAAAGCUGGUCAGUUCAAACUGCGCGAUGGACGAUCGAUUAGGACUGUCUCAGCGCUGUUAAUGCAGUUAGUUCAGACGUCUGCUCACGACGUGCGCAUAGAGGCGAAGAAGCUGGGCAAGGUCAGGCAGAACAAGUUCGCUCUUCGUCGCCAAGAAAGCUUCUCGGAGCAAACACAGCCUGAGCUCUUCCUCGAUGAGACUGACCAGGAGGAAAUUCAGCUUUAUGGCACCGCCCUUGAGUCAGCAAUGAAAGCCGCGAAGACGAUCAUCAUUUUCCUGACGCAAAGGUCCGGCAAAGGCAAGGCGACGAAGAGCUCUAAUGAAGCCGAAUAUCGUGCAAUCUUCGACAACCUCAUCAAUGAUUUGCUUGUGGUCCUCUUUUGGCCAGAAUGGCCCGCAGCCAGCAUCGUCCUCAGCAUUGCCACUAAGUUUAUGCUUUCAUCCCUCGAUGAUGUAAAAACGAAUGCACAAACGGACUCAAAUGCUGCGAAGACUAUAGCCCUGGAUCAUCUUGGUGUCAUCGGAGCAAAAAUCAGGACAAGUACGCUCAAGGUUCAGAAGGAGUCCCAAAGCGGAACCAGGAAACCUUUGAAACCCCUGGAUGAUAUCGUGUCUGACCUCAGCCUCAAGUAUCUGAACCGAUUCUUGGAGGCUCAUCAAGAUGUCGCCUCUCAUCUUUGUAAACGAUCGUCGGAGGAUCAAGCUUACGAUAGCGCCAGGGAGUUGACCGCUGCUACCGUCGGUCACGAGCUAGCUGCCGCUUUGAAGCAGGUUCAUGGUUGGAUAGAGAAUCCUCAAGCAGACGAAGACCUUAACAUCAAGGAUGAAAGUAAACUUCUAACUUUUGGUCAACGUUUGAAGACGGCUCUGCGGGACGUGUGGAAGGAUCCGUCUACUGACGUGUUCGAUAUUGGCUCUCAGGAAGAUGCCAUAAGGGUUGACAGACUUGCGGAGGAGAUCGGCACAAUCCAGAACCUCCGUAAUUCAUUCAACCCAAUCCUCAGUGUCAUACUGAUGGCUCUCGACGCCCCGGCCAUUUUUAUGAGAACUAAGGCCUUGCGCGCUCUCGGGCAAAUCAUCACGAGCGAUGCGACGAUUCUUGCUUCUCCCAACGUGCGCCGAGGCAUUGAAAAUCACCUCCUGGACAGUUCUCCGGCCGUCCGUGAUGCAGCUGUUGAACUCAUCGGCAAAUACAUGAUUGAUUCUCCUGAAGUUGCCGGCGAUUACUACAGCAAGAUCGCAGAUCGUAUUGCAGAUACUGGACUCAGUGUUCGAAAGCGAGUCAUCAAACUUCUGAAGUCUUUCUAUACUGUUACUUCCGACAAUGACCGGCGCAUUGAUAUCGCUACUCGCAUGAUUCUACGGAUGUUAGAUGAAGAUGACACGGUCAAGGAGCUUGCUCUGAAGUUGAUCGAAGAACUAUGGUUCCCACCCAUGCUCUUGCCUUCUGCCCUCAAAACCCGUACCCAACCAUCAGCAAAUAACGCACACGACAAAGCUGAGCUAUUGUCCAAGGUUCUUGUUAUUAUGGGCACAUCUGCCAACUUCAAGGACCGCUCGUCACCUCUUGAAGACGCUCUGCACAAGAUCAUGGUGGAGAAGGAAGGCACCGAAAGGUCCUCACUGCAUGCUCGUUACGGUGAGAUAUGCGAGGCUUUGAUUGAUGGCUUGGUCGAUGCCACUGAACUUCCCGGCUUCACGAUCACUAAUUGCAUAAGGACCAUCUACCUCCUCGCAUCUGCAUAUCCUUCCGUCCUUUCGGGAACAAAUGCAUCCACACUCUUGCCCUAUCUCAAGAAUGCCAGCUCGGCCGAGGAGCUAGCCACUUCUGAUUACCUCUUGAAAAUAUUCAAGGUGUCGAUCCCACAUAUGCCGAAAACGGCCGCUAAGUUUGGGCACGAGCUUCAGGCCGCUCUGCAGCCCAUGAUCAUCAAGCCCUCUGGUGGCGGUGGCAUCCAAAUUUUGCAGGAAACUGUCGGUUGCAUGUGUGUUGUUGUACAACAUCUCACACACGAUUUCGUACGCCUCGUUAAUCUCCUCAAGUCUUGCAAUGGCCGCUUGCAGCAAAUUAUCAAGAGGCCCGCUUCGCAAGAGCUCAAUCAGAAUGAUGUUCGCACCUUGAUUAUCCUGAUCUUCAUCGUUGCUCUACUUGCCGAGAACUGCAACUUUGACAACCUUCGAAAGGAGAAUGAAGGCCUUGCAGGCGACAUCAAUUCAAUCUCGAGGAGUUCUAUCACUGAGCAUAUCUACAACACAAUGCUGACCCUUUACGAGAACCACGACAACCCAACUCUUCGUGGGCGACUUCUACAGUGUUUGGGCUUCUUGUUUCGUGCUCAGCCGACCUUAAUGACUAUGGAACGAUCAGCUAUGAUCAUGGACGAAAUUUUCGCGUCGCCUGAAGAGGAGAGCAAAAAUCGUCUCCUCAGAAUCAUUCAAGACUUUUUGGUAUCAGAGGCAUCGAAGCACAGCGCGAAGGAGAAGGGUAAGAACAACGACAAUCAGGACCUCAUAUGGACUUACGGUAUUGCAGAGUCUUCGAAAUCGAAGCCAAAAGCUGGCGACGUGAACAUGGACGAAUUGGUGGGAAACACGGACGGUUUCGCUGAUUCAGGCGUCAGUUCAGCGAUCGUCCAACGUUAUUUGGAUCAUGUCCUUGAAGCCGCUUUGUCCCAAAACCCUCAAAUGCAAGCUGUGGCUAUCGAUGUUUUGAGCUUCACCAUCAAACAGGGGCUGGCUCACCCUCUUCAGUCAUUCCCUGUCAUUGUCGCUCUUGAAUCAAGCCCCGUCAGUAGCAUUUUCAACAGAGCCACCGCGCUUCAUGCCAUUCUGCAAGGGAAACAUGCGUCUCUUCUCAAUACUCGUUACACCGUCAGUGCGAGGAAGUCGUAUGAAUACCAGAAGAAAAUUGUCUCUGGUCCAGUUCAAGGAUUCCGAAUGCAACCUGUUCCCGUGGCCAUGUUGCAACGAUGGUACUCUCAUGUACGCGAGAAACGGCCAACUAGACAAGAGUUUUUGAAGGCAUUAGUGAAGACAUUCCAAGAAAAUCCGUCAUAUGAAUCGACGCAGGACGACGUCAAUUAUAAUAGAUAUAUGGCCGAAAAUUUUGCAGCUUUCGACUACAAGACCCAGGAAGAGGUCCUCACUGUGAUCAAAUAUCUUACAAACGUUCUUUCUACAACCGGGAUGCAGCUACUAGAAAUAAUCUCCCCAAACCAUCUCCUUACGCAAUUGCAUGCUGGUUCUCAGGCCUCUCGACCGCCUCAACCCGAGAUUGUUGCUUCAUCAGACCCCACGACAAUACAGCCAGAUGCUAUGGAUGUCAUUCCUACUGAAGCCCCCGAUUCCAAAUACAACAAGGUCGCUCUGAUGCGAACGUCCGUUAUAAUUGCUAUAGUCAUGCUUCUAAAAGCACACCUCAAGACUUUGUAUUCCCUCUCGGAAGACAAAUGUCUGAAAUUUGUUAUCGGAAAGAAGAGCGCCGUUGGAGACAAAGCGGCCACGAAACGUCAUGAAAACCCUAUUUCUUGGAGCCGCCUUCCUUUUGCCACUGCUCCUCUCCUGACAACUGAAGAUGCUGACGUGCAGAAAGCUAGAUUCAUUGAAAUCUGGAACGAAGAUGGCUUGACAGCCGAGCCUGAAGAAGAGGAAUUCCUUUAG